AUGCCGGCCGACCCCAUCUCCGACCACAGUUUUGCAGUGAAGGCGGCUUUCCGGAUGAACACGCGGGUGCAGUUGGGCCCAGGGCUCUGGAGGCUACAUGCAUACAUGCUAGACAGACCGGGGGUCAGAAAGGUGAUUGAGGCUGUGGAGCGGCAGGCAGAGUCAUGCGGGGAGGGCUUUGAGCUUCUAAUCUCUCGCCUUAACACCGCUUUACAUGCGUACGCGAACGAGGAGCGGAAGAGGGUCAGAGCCACGAUGGCCCAUCUUCACCGGUCGGUUGCGGAGCUGAAGCAGGCUUGGAUGGGUGACCCGGGCAAAAUCAAGGCCAGGAAGGGACGGACGCAGAUCACGGAGUUAAAUGCAGGCGGGAGACUGCUGAAGGACAAGAGCGCUAUUUUCGGGGCUGCGUCACAAUACUAUAAGGAGCUGUUCGGCCGUGACAGGAAACAUGCUGAGUCAGCCUGGUUGCCUGCUCCUGGGAGGUCCUUGUCGCAGAAGUCGGCGGAUGCGGUGUGCAUGGCCUGGUCAGAGGAGGAAGUGAAAAAUGCCUUCCGCUCGAUGGCGAAGGACAAGGCUCCUGGGAAGGACGGGCUGCCGAAGGAGCUGUUCGAGAUUCACUGGGACAUCUUGGGCAAGCACUUCAUGCAACUCGCGCAGAACUUCGCGGCUACGGUGACGCUGCCGACGAGCACGAAAGAGGCGGUCACCAUCCUGCUACACAAGAAAGGAGGGAGAGAUCAGCUUGAGAACUACAGGCCGAUCACGCUUCUGAGCUUCACCUAUAAAGUGAUUGCGAGAGUGGUAGCGGACAGGAUGAAAAGGGUGCUGCACGAGGUCAUCUCCCCGGAACAGUUUGGCUUCUUACCUGGCAGGAAACUGUCGGAUGCAGUGGGCCUGGUCGCGGAUGUCAUCGAAGCCGCGAGAAACAAGGACCACGACUGGUAUCUUCCGCUGGUCGAUUUCAGGAAAGCCUUCGACUCAGUAUCGAGAGACUUCCUGUUCACGGUGCUUGAGCGGAUGGGUUUUCCGAGCCUCUUCGUGGACUGGGUUCGGGGUCUGCACAAAGAUACACGGACCAGCCUGUUAAUCAACGGCUGGUUGGGGGAUGCGGUUAAUGUGGUGUCCGGAGUGCGCCAGGGGUGCCCGCUCGCGCCAUACCUCUUUCUGUGCGCGGUGGAACCACUGGCUCAACAGGCGGCCGCCAGGAAGCUCGGCCUUGAAGGAGGCAGUCGGCGGCUGGCGUAUCUGGAUUAUGCUGACGACACGACCUUGAUCCUGCAAGGAGAGGAACAGAUCACGGAAGCAGAAAGGCUGUUAGCGGAUUUUGAGGCGGAAUCCGGUCUGGCAACGAAUAAGGAGAAGUCGUCUAUUUUACCGUUGGGACGAAACAUGAACAAGCAGGCCUCUAAGACGGAUGGCUUCAAAUGGGUGAAGGCCGACGAAGCGGAGCGGCUCCUGGGCGUGUGGGUGACACCGGCUGGCAGCUGCGCCCCCACCUGGGAGAAAGCUUUCGCACGGAUCAAGGAGAAACUGUGGCAAUGGGAGACGCAACAUCUCACGACGGGUGCCAGAGUAGCAGUAAUUAACUGCUACAUCUCACCGAUCAUCUUUUUCCAGGCACAACUGUAUCUGCCGCCGGUGGACAUCUGGGGGAGAAUUUUAAAGCUGGCGCACAACUUCGUAUCAGGCAAUCAUGCGGUCACCGACAAAAAAUUAAUUCUGUGGAGUCGGGAGCUGCUGUACAUGGCGAGAGGAGACGGUGGUGUGGGAGUGCGCGAUCCUGAAAUAGAACUCACCUGCCUAGCGGCGAGACGCAUCGGGCUGCUGCUAACGGAGACGUGCGAGCUGAAGCGGGACAUCAUGCUGGAAGCGACUGACCUGCCGCUGGGGACAGAUACCUUUGCUGCUCAUGUGAAGCUCCUGAAGAGUUGGCGGGGAAAGAGUGAGAGAUGGAAGCUGGCCUGCGGGAGUUUUAUGCAGUCGCUGCUGGCAGAGUCGCCACCGGUCCUGACGAGGGAGGAAAUGGUAACGGAGCGGAUCGUUUUUUAUUGCAAUAUUUUGCUCAACGGCAGGACUCCGGUUGGGGGCCAGAAGGCUGCUGCGAAGCUAUGGGAGCUUCGGCUGGGUGACCUACUGAUACCGAAUGGCGCGGGGGGGUGUAAAGUCAAGGAUGUGAAAACCCUAACACAUGAGUUGGGGGGCUCUAAACAAGCGAAGCUGGCCCUACGGGCCUGGAAAGCUGUGCCGCAGACCUGGAAGGAGAGUCUUCUGUCUGCUGAGCCACCGCAGCUGUCAUCUCCGCCUGCAGCUCCUCGUCUUCUGAAAUCGGCACUGUUCAAAGAUGGGCAGGUGGUGUCGUUGAAGGAGUUGAAGGGCUGUUUGACAAAGCAGAGGCAUCAGUAUGCCAAGAGGGAACUUUGGGCGGGCAGAUGGGCUGGUGACAUUGACUGGAAAAAGGUGAUUAAGAUCCGGAACUCAUUGGUGACGCCGAACAGGCCGCGGGAUGUGCUGCUUAGGAUUCAUAGCCUUAACCUGCAGGUGGGGGAGAGGCUCUCUUUUCUAAGCGGCAAGCCAGUGUGCCCGCACUGUGGGGAAUUCGAAACUGUGGAACACUGUCUCUUCAGCUGCCCGCGCAUCCAACGAGUGGUGGGGGCAGUCAGACGGGCCCUACGUGUCCUGAAUCCAGCGAGGCAUGUGUCGGAUCUGGGGGACCUGUUGUUUGGGAAAGCGGCAUCUGCCUCGGCAUUUCCGAAAGCUUCUCUUUCCGCCAUUGCUAUCCAUCAGAUUUGGGCGGAGCGGUGUGACUAUGUGUUUCGGGGGAAGAGAUUUCGGACUCGGCGGGUCCUCAGGCGCAUCGAAGCAGCCUUUCGGCUGCAUGUGAUGGUGUACACGCGCGCCAUGGGGAAGAAGCUCGGGAAAAGCGGUGGCUGCAAAAGACAAGCCAGCUCGCAUGUGCUGGCUGGCCAGGAGGACAAUUUGCUCAGGCGCAUCCGCUGUCCAACGGCAAAAGGCUGGAAGUGGACGCACAGUUUUGGCGCGCUAUGGAGUCUUGCAAGGGGAUCUCUGCAUCCGCCUUAG